AUGAAGAAACUUUCAUUUUAUAAUCUAUGUAUUACAGAUGUAAAAAAUGCUAACCCAAUCUUCUACACUUGGACUGAAGAGCAAGCUGGGAAAGGGUCAACUAAAGUUUCUUCAGCUCUCCUGAACUUCUUGAAAACAUGUGAUUAUAAUAGAAAAAAGGUAUUAAAGCUCUUCUGUGAUGGAUGCGGAGGACAAAACAAAAACAACAUUGUUAUCCACAUAUUAAUGUAUUCCUUUCAAUCCACCAAGGUCCUAUCAAAGAGAUCAUCAUUACAUUUCUUGUUCGAGGCCAUAGUUCCCUCCCUGCCGACAGUGUUUUUGGAAGCUUUAUAUGGCGAAUGGAGAGAAAUAGAUAACCUAAACUUCUACAAAGAUAUUAUUGAUGAUGAAAAUUUGACUAUUGUUAACAAUAAUAAUGAUGAUGAUGUUAAUGAAAGAUGUGACUGUUUAGAAGAUGAUUGUUGUGGGGUGCAUACCUGA